UUUCUAUUCUGUCUUCUCCUUCUCCGGACACACGUACAGAGAUCCCUCACUCUUUUCUCCGUCUUCAGAAAUCCAGGCAAAACCCUCCCGUGCUGUCUCAGAUAUGGAUUGGCAAGGACAGAAGCUAGCGGAGCACCUGAUGCAGUUUAUGCUGCUGUUUUUCGCGGUGGUUGGGUUUCUCAUUGGCUACGUGAUGGGUUCGUUUCAGUUGAUGAUGCAGGUCUAUGCAGGUGGUGUUGUUCUGACCACAUUGGUGACUGUCCCCAACUGGCCCUGGUUCAAUCGCCACCCUCUCAAGUGGUUGGACCCAGUCGAAGCCGAGAAGCACCCCAAGCCUCAGACCCAGCAGCCUGUGAGCUCCAAGAAGAAAGGCUCCAAAGCUAAGUAGAUUACUUUCAGUCACCAAUUAGCGUUUGGAUUUAGGUUUCAGUGUUGUCAUGUAUUUGGAUUCUCAGUUACAAUGUACUGGAGCUCUAACCUUUUAUGCAAUGACUGAGAUUUUCCUUCCGUAGCAAUUAUCGUUUGUUCAAUUGUAUGAAUCGGUACUGGCCUUACAUUUCUGGCUGCUGGUUA